AUGCUGACAGAUUACAAUAAACACAGAAACCAGGGAAUUGUGGAAAUCCAAAUGCACGUUGAGAGAAGGACUGUUGAAUCUUCCUGUCAGUCUUUAAGGGGGUCGAGGAGUACAACGACUAUCAUAAGCGCGUACAUUGAAGGAGUGCCACUAUGGCAGUCUUGGUUUGUUGGAGCAACAGUGACAAUGGCAGCAAGCUUUUUGACAACACCAUUCCUUGUCGAGAGAAAGAAAUUCGGGGACCGAGCUUGCUGGAAUACCUACUAUGCCUCCAUUAAUCCAUCUGAUGCCAUUGAAGAACACCGUCUAGCCUUUGGAAUAGAGCAAAGACUUCUCCUUCUCCAAUAG